AUGCAAUCUCCACACCCAGACGAGCGACCCCUCAAAAAGCGCCGUUUCUUUACAGAAGAUUCAUCGCCGGUACAGGUACGCUCAAAACCCGCUGACCUCCCUCCAUCGUCGCCGCCACCGCCGCCGCCGCUACAACAGCCUCAGGACAGCGAACCGCCACCAAUCGAGGGGACUAGCAAUGGAGCGCAACAAGAUUUUGAUGGUUUCGAUGUCGAAACUCUUCAGGCUAUCGUUGGAGAACUUUCAAUCUCCACGCUGCAGAAGUUGAAGGAUGUCAGCGCAAGCAAUGUGGAGCGAGCCAUCAAUUUAUAUUUGGAUGGAUCUUGGAGCACAAUGCCUUCAAGAUCCCCGGUACCAACCCUCCAGUCUCGUCCACAAUCAGUCCAGAUGACAAUAGCGAGUUCGCUCAAGCGCACCGAAUCCGACGUUUCGAAUGCCCCCACACCCGCUUCAGGUUCUUCCACACCCAAGGUGAUACGCGAUAUGCCUAGCAAGCGGUACAUUGGAUCGUUCGGGGCCGCUGCAUGGGCGACUAAGAGCGGGAGUGGCCUUCUCAAGCACAAUGAGAAGGUUCGGAUCGAGCGUGUGAAGCCGCAGCCUAAAUUGAACAAGGCUAAGAAGGUCAUUCAACUUAAAAAGCCAGAUAUUGUAGUGCGAUUCAUAAACGAAAAAGGAGAAGAAGUUGGAAGGCUGGACCAAGAUACAGCAUCAUGGGUGUCUGUUCUCGUAGAUCAGAAUCUGUGUUCGUUUGAAGGUUCCGUUGUGUACACCCCGGAUAAGCUGAGGACUGGAGACACCAUUUAUCUGCAACUACGAGGUUAUUUUCUCCGAGGGGCAUUUGACAGCCAGAAGUUUAUGAAGCCUGAUAAUAAUCGGGAGAUCAACCUAUUCGAAGAAAAGGAAUCUUCUGAGGAACGAGACCUCCGGUUACGACAGGUCGGCCUCGUUAAGCUAUUUGAGGCCAUCAAUCUCCAUCCUACACAUGAGAACGAGACGACUGCGAGGCACCGGCGCCAGGGACUGUUACAGGCAGCAGAGGGUGAUGAAAAGAAGGGCGACAAGCCCAAGCCAAAAACCAGUACACCGGCAACACCUUUGACUCCUGCAGAUCCUACAUCCUCGCCGCCAACAGAUGAGGUCGAGGAAGGAGAGGAGCUCGAACAGAGUCAAUUGGACUCCCUGUACAGGAAGGCGCAAUCUUUUGAUUUCAACACACCAACCAUGGACCCAGCUAGCACUUUCCGUUUGGAUCUGCGAAAAUAUCAAAAGCAAGCCUUGUUCUGGAUGGUCAGCAAGGAGAGGGACGAAUCAAUAGAAGACAGAGAAACAUCAAUGCACCCGCUAUGGGAAGAGUAUCAAUGGCCAACACAGGAUGCAGACAAUCAGCCCGUGCCAGCUGUUACAGAUCAAGCCAUGUUCUAUGUCAACCCCUACUCGGGCGAGCUGUCACUGGAGUUUCCAAAGCAAGAGCAGAAUUGCCUGGGUGGUGUCCUUGCUGAUGAGAUGGGUCUGGGCAAGACUAUCGAGAUGCUCAGUCUGAUCCACACGCACAGAACGGAGGUAAAUAAUGCUGAGACGCUGGCUACCCCAAGAUCUCUGCCAAAACUCCACAAGGCUAGUGCUGCCGUUGAACCUGCUCCAUAUACCACUCUCGUCAUCGCGCCAAUGUCUCUACUGGCGCAAUGGCAUAGUGAAGCCGAGAAGGCAUCAAAGGAAGGUACUUUGAAAGCAAUGGUGUACUAUGGCUCUGAAAAGGCGGUCAAUCUGCAAAAGCUGUGUUGCGCCUCCAACGCCGCCAACGCACCAAACGUCAUUAUUACGAGCUACGGUACUGUGCUUUCCGAAUACAAUCAAGUCCUUACACAAGAUGGGAAUCGGGGGUCACAUGGUGGUAUCUUCUCACUGGAAUACUUUAGGGUUAUUCUCGAUGAAGCACACUAUAUCAAGAACCGGCAGUCGAAAACAGCGAAGGCUUGUUAUGAGCUCAGCGCAAAACAUCGCUGGGUACUGACAGGAACUCCAAUUGUCAAUCGCCUCGAAGAUCUAUUCAGUCUGGUGCGGUUCCUGAAGGUUGAGCCGUGGGCAAACUUUUCGUUCUGGAAAACAUUCAUUACUGUUCCAUUCGAGUCUGGCGAUUUUGUGCGUGCCUUGAACGUUGUACAAACAGUGCUUGAGCCGCUAGUACUUCGUCGAACCAAGGAUAUGAAGACACCGGAUGGCAAAGCUCUGGUACCAUUGCCACCACGGACAAUCGAAGUUGAGAAGAUUGUACUGUCCCAAGAUGAGCGAGAUGUGUACGACCAUAUAUACAUGCGCGCGAAGAGUGUGUUCAGUGCAAAUGCAGAGGCUGGAACAUUAAUGAAGUCGUAUACCACCAUCUUCGCUCAGAUUCUCCGGCUACGACAGUCGUGCUGCCACCCUGUUCUCACUCGCAAAGCCAAUAUUGUCGCUGACGAGGAGGAUGCUUCGUUAGCCUCUGACCUUGCAAACGGCUUAGCAGACGACAUGGAUCUCUCCAAUCUUAUUGAGCGCUUCGAGACUGAAGGCGACCAAGACGUGAGCAGGUUUGGUGCCAACGUCUUGAAGCAGAUACAAGAUGAAAACGAGGCCGAGUGUCCCAUCUGCUGUGAAGAGCCCAUGAACGAGCAAGCUGUCACUGGGUGUUGGCACUCUGCGUGCAAAGAGUGCUUGCUCAACUACAUUGCCCAUCAGCGCGACAAAAAUGAGAUACCGCGGUGUUUCAACUGCCGCGAGCCGAUCAACGCCCGAGACGUUUUUGAAGUAAUCAGGCACGAUCACAUCGCCGAGGACAACGAGCCCAAUCAUGCUUUCCGCCCUUCAGACGCACCACAACCGACGUCCACACAGACACCACGCAUCAGCCUCCGCCGUGUUGGUCUUACCGGCUCCGCCAAAACUCAAGCACUCAUAGGCCACCUCAAGAGAACCCGCAAAGAAGAAAAGAACACUAAAACAGUAGUCUUUUCGCAGUUUACGUCUUUCCUCGACCUUAUCGAGCCCGCUUUAGCACGUGACCACAUACCCUUUCUGCGCUUUGAUGGCUCUAUCACCCAGAAAGCGCGCGCCCAAAUCCUCGCAGAGUUCACCACAUCUCCGAAGCCGUACGUCUUGCUGUUGAGUCUUCGCGCAGGCGGUGUAGGCCUCAAUCUCACCUGUGCAAGUAAGGUAUUUAUGAUGGAUCCAUGGUGGAGUUUUGCUGUUGAGGCUCAAGCAAUCGAUCGUGUACAUCGUAUGGGACAGGAGCGGGAAGUAAAAGUCAUAAGAUUUUGUGUCGAGGGAAGUAUCGAAGAGAAGAUGUUGAGGAUUCAGGAGAGGAAAAAGUUCAUUGCGAGUUCACUGGGCAUGAUGUCUGAUGAGGAGAAGCGCGUGCAGCGUAUAGAAGACAUCAAGGAACUAUUGAGUUAAGCGUCGAUGGAUAGAACAUUCGAUGCUCCAACACGACAUAGAUUUUGUACACGAAGUAUGAAUACCCAUACACAUGCCCUACCAAUAAACUUUCGUAUACCU